CUCAUGCUCUUCGCCAAAUGGGUAAUCAGAAGAAGCGAAACAUAGCCGUCUGGUGAUAAAUACCGAAUUCCCUUUUCCCCAUCUCUAUUCUCCUUCGAUGGGUUGCCAAUCGAUUAGUACUUUCUCGCUCUGCUCUCAAACACUUACCCUCAAUCUCAAAUUCCCAAAACUUGGGUUUUCCUAUGGACCCAAAGUAACUCUUCCAAGUUCAGUCCAUCUGAGCCAACUGCAGAAAUCACUGUCCUUUCCUUCCCAACUGCGAGCCAGUAAUCGACAAUUGGGUAGGCUUCAUUCACUCUCAUACUUCCCUCUUCCACCACUUCAAGUGCCCCAUCUAAAUAUUUCCAGGGUAUGUUCUUUCUUCCCUCCCCUGAACAGUAUUUUCAAACUCAGUGCGAAUAAAAUAGCUGUUUUGAUUGUUUGGUCUCUCAUUUGCUUGGGGAGUCUCAACCCUAGACCGGUUCUGGCACUACCCACAACCCUGAAAAGCACUUCUUCCGCAUCAAUGGAAGAAAGAAGAGAUACCCAGAAUGACCAAAAUGAUAACGAGGAUAUGUACUUGAAGAUAUUGGAGAAGAACCCAAGGGAUAUUGAAGCUUUGAAAGUGGUUUUGUAUGCUAAGAUGAGGAAACGGAAGACCAAGGAAGCUGUGGAGUAUGUGGAGAAGUUGAUUGAUAUCCAACCGAAUGAAAUAGAAUGGAGGCUUCUUCAAGCUCUUACCUAUGAGAUGAUGGGGAACUUCAGCAGGGCCAAGACACUGUUCAAACAAAUCCUUAAGGAGAGGCCUCUUUUACUUAGAGCUUUGCAUGGUUUGGCAAUGGUGAUGCACAAGAACCAUGAAGGUCCAGCUGUCUUUGAUAUGUUGGACAAGGCUUUGAAACUUGCUCAACGUGAGAAAAGAGUCACUGAGGAGCGAAAUAUAAGAAUUUUAAUUGCACAGAUGCAUGUUGUGAAGGGUAACUUGGAGGAAGGCUUGAAAAAUUUCCAAGAUCUGGUUAACGAGAACCCUCGGGAUUUUCGGCCUUAUCUUUGCCAGGGGAUAAUCUACAGCUUGCAGGAUAAAAAGGAGGAAGCACAGGAGCAGUUCGAGACAUAUCGGACUCUUGUCCCUGAAGAGUUUCCCCAGAGAGGAUUCCUUGAUGAUGUGGUACUGGCAGCGAAGACAGAAUCUCGGCAACAGCUGGAGAAGGAUUUUGAAGUUGAAUUCUCCUACAGGAAGUGAAAAUCAAUAAUCAAUAUGCAGAGAGAAUCUGUUGGGUGUAUGACAUCAAAGUCAAGCAUCAUUAUCAACACCUGGAAAAGAAAAAAAGCACAAGAGCUAUCUGUUGGCACUGCAACAAAUUCCAGUAGUUCGAGUAAGCACCUAUAACUAAUUAGUGAAUUUUUGUUGAAGGAGCAGACACUUCUAAACGCUUUAGCUGCCAUAAGUUUUGUAGAAUUGUUACUUCAAAUUUUCCAUGUCCAUGUAACAUGUAAGAGAAAGAGAGAUUUACAUUAUGACUACUUAAAGGAGAUUGCAGCACAAGUUCUGGCAGGAGGAACAACUAUAUUCCCAGCAGAAUCAUAAACAAUGAUACCAGAGAAGUCUGGGACCUGGCACUUCUCACCCAUGAGUAUGUUCUUCUGCCAAACACAGACAUCUUGUUGUCCUGCCAUGCUUUCUUCGCCAUAUCCUGGUUGGACCUGUUGAGCCCUUUUGGACAUUAUGAAUGCUCCUUCUGUGUUGAGCUGUAUAACAGGUUCAUCAGAAGAGAAACCAUAACACCUCCGCCAGUUACGCCUUUUCCAUGAAUGAGAAGCACACAUGAAGAGUGCAAAGGAACAGAGGAGGAAUGCUGCAAUGCCUAGACUUGCCUGAAUUGUGCUUGCCACAUCUUGUACAAUGGGAAGUUGACGAGCCAUUGGAGGUCCAAUGAGGGUGGAUAGUGUCACAGUGGAGUUUAUGUAGUGAAGGUUUGCAACUUUGCUAAGGGGAGUUGUUACGUAUGUGAGGAUUUGUUAGAGGAAUUUAGGUUGCCUUGGAUCUUGGUUUUAGUAUGAAGGAAUGGUGGGUUUGGUAACCCAAACCAACUUUGACCCUGGAUUGGUUGACCAAACUGUUUACCAAAAUUGAAUUGAACCGUUUAAACCGG